UUGCUUCUGUAAUCUCUGAGGGGAAGAAGCAGCAAACAUUUGCUAGUCAGACAAGUGACAGGAAAUGGAUUCCAAACACCAGCGUGUGAAGCUAAAUGAUGGCCACUUCAUGCCUGUAUUGGGAUUUGGCACCUAUGCACCUCCAGAGGUUCCCAGAAGUAAAGCUUUGGAGGUCACAAAAUUAGCAAUAGAAGCUGGGUUCCGCCAUAUAGAUUCUGCUCAUUUGUACAAUAAUGAGGAGCAGGUUGGACUGGCCAUCCGAAGCAAGAUUGCAGAUGGCAGUGUGAAGAGAGAAGACAUAUUCUACACUUCAAAGCUUUGGUCCACUUUUCAUCGACCAGAGUUAGUCCGACCAGCCUUGGAAAACUCGCUGAAAAAUGCUCAAUUGGACUAUGUUGACCUCUAUCUCAUUCAUUCUCCAGUGUCUCUAAAGCCAGGUGAGGAACUUUCACCAAGAGAUGAAAAUGGAAAAAUAAUAUUUGACAUAGUGGAUCUGUGUACCACUUGGGAGGCCAUGGAGAAGUGUAAGGAUGCAGGUUUGGCCAAGUCCAUCGGGGUGUCAAACUUUAACCACAGGCUACUGGAGAUGAUCCUCAACAAGCCAGGACUCAAGUACAAGCCCGUCUGCAACCAGGUAGAAUGUCAUCCGUAUUUCAACCAGAGUAAAUUGCUAGAUUUCUGCAAGUCAAAAGAUAUUGUUCUGGUUGCCUAUAGUGCUCUGGGAUCUCAGCGAGACAAACGAUGGGUGGACCCAAACUCCCCGGUUCUCUUGGAGGACCCAGUCCUUUGUUCCUUGGCAAAAAAGCACAAGCGAACCCCAGCACUGAUUGCCCUGCGCUACCAGCUGCAGCGUGGCGUUGUGGUCCUGGCCAAGAGCUACAACGAGCAACGGAUCAGAGAGAACGUGCAGGUUUUUGAAUUCCAGUUGACUUCAGAGGACAUGAAAGCCAUAGAUGGCCUAAACAGAAAUCUCCGAUAUUUUAACAGUGAUAGUCUCGCUAGCCACCCUAAUUAUCCAUAUUCAGAUGAAUAUUAACAUGGAGGGCUUUGACUGAAGUCUACCAGAAGCCCUGUGUGUGGAUGGUGAUGCAGAGGACGUCUCUAUGCUGGUGACUGGACCCAUCACCUCUACUUAAAUCCAUUCUGCUUAGCAACUUUAGUCAACCAGAGCUAAAUCCACAGGCCAGAAAGACAAUAAAUUUUUAUCAUGUUGAAAUAA